AUGAUUAUUCACCAGGACCUCAUCAGCCACGAUGAGAUGUUCUGCAACAUUUACAAGAUCCAGGAGAUGGCUGAAGGGCUGUGCCUGAAGGUGGAGGAGAAGAUGGUCACUAGGACAGAGGGUAGCAUUGAUGACUCUCUCAUUGGUGGAAAUGCCUCCGCUGAAGGCCCAAAGGGCAAACGUACAGACAGCACUGUAAUCACUGGUGUUAAGAUUGUCAAGAACCAUCCUUUGAAAGAAAGCAGCUUUACAAAGGAAGCAUACAAUAAGUACAUCCAAGAUUACAUGCAAUCAAUCAAAGGCAAACUUGAAGAACAGAGACCAGAAAGAGUAAAACCUGUUACGACAGAGGCUGCAGAACAAAUCAAGCACACCCUUGCUAAAAAAAAAAAAAUACCAGUUUUUAUUAGUGAAAACAUGAAUCCAGAUGGCAUGGUUGCUCUAUUGGACUACCAUGAGACUGGUGUUAUUACAGUAGUGAUUCUCUUUAAGGAUGGUUUAGAAAUGUAA